AUGGCCAACAACAACAUACCUAGCCCUGAUCCCUUCCUCCUGGAACAACUGAUCGAAGAUUCCACCCGCGAGGUGACGAAUCGCCGUCGGCAGGAAGGAUCGCAACGUGCUCUUGCCGGACAGAGAAGGCCGAGGCAUGAGACCUCGCAGCCCCAGAGGCAACAGAUUCAGAACAUUCAACAUGUGCACGGCCUUCAACAAGUCCAGAAUGUCGAACAAACCCAUCCUGAAGGACACGUUCAGAACGGGGAGGACGGGCAGACCCGACCCCAGACUGAACCAGAACAACUCCAAAUUGUGAAUGAGACUGAUUCCAGAGACGGACAAGCCGCUUCCUCGUUCACCCGCACCUCUGACAGACGAAGAAGCCGUAGCCCGGACGAGGAGGAACAGAUCAACAUUCCCGAGGGCGCUGAUCCAACCGCCAUUAUCCUACUCAAGGAGCUGCAGAGAACCAACCGCCUCAUCCGCCAACAGGGCGACCGCAUCCACGAGCUAGAAAGGAAGCGACGAUAUCGCUCCCCUCAGCGGAGACGCCAUCGGUCACGUUCCUAUUCCUCUUCGCGGUCUCCUCCGAGGAGAAAUCGCAAGCGCAGUCCGUCUAGGUCUCGCUCCCCCGCGAGGAGAAACCGGCGCCAGCGGUCUUAUUCCCGCUCUCCACCUCGAAAGACUCGGAAGAAUCAGAAGCCUGAAACCACUGAAGCCAGGAGUCUCUCACCCGAGCAGGAACACCGAGGCCCCUCCAAAGCUGUGCAGAAAAUCCGCGAGCACUCUCCUCCAAAAGACAACCGCAAAAUCUCGGGCAAAACACGCACUAAAUUCAAGCGGGGCAGACAUUCAAACUCCCCUGAGCCUAGCGACGAAGAAGAUUUCCGCAGUCCCUUGUCCGAGCACAUCCGGCGAGUUCGUCUCCCCCGAGGGAUGGAAAAACCACCCGCCUUGGACCAGUAUGACGGGACCACCGACCCCGAUGAUCACAUAAGGAGCAUCGAAGCUGUCAUGGACUACCAUGUUGUCCGGGGAUCCAUCAAAUGCCGCAUCUUUCCGACCACGCUAAGGAAAGGCGCGAUGACAUGGUACAGGAAUCUGCCCCCUGAUUCCAUCCACUCCUGGACUGAACUGAAGGACCUUUUCCUAAGCCACUUCACCGCGUCUCGUCGGCAACCGAAGUCGGAAGCAAAUCUUGAAGCGGCUCAAGCCUUCAUAGCAUUCGAGGAGGGAGAGGCUGCUCCCAUGAAAGCCUCGCGAGGCAAUGAUGCCGCUCGCAGUUCAAACUACGAGCACUCAGGCUCGAGACGCGGGCAUGAAAAAAGGAAAGACGACAGGUCUCUCGAUACCAAGGAGCGUCGAGGACCUUCCGGUCGCUUCAACGACUACACCCCUCUAAACGCCUCACGGGAACGGAUUCUGGCCGAACGCCAAAACACUGACUUCAAGAAGUCGAACAUCAGACCCCUGAAAUCAAACCCCGCGAGGCCAGGAACCGACAAGUCCAAGUACUGCAAAUACCAUAAGAGUCAUGGACACCUGACCGAGGAAUGCAUUCACCUCAAGGAUGCCAUUGAAACACUCAUCAAGGAGGGUCGCCUUUCGAGAUACACAAAGAAAGGGGAACCUUCCCGGAGAGACGACCAGAGAAACUCUGACGAAGGGAACUCACCGGACAACAGACCCUUGCAAGUAGCCCUGUCCGUCACCCGACCUGAAGACUUCAUACCAUAA